AAAUGUAAAAGUUAUACCUAUUUAUUUUACAAGUUUGAAGUGAACGACUCAAAAGUUUGGGAUUACGACCCUAUCAUGAUCAGUAGAUCUCCAAUCUAGACGUUCUUUCAAACUUUGUAAUCUAGAGUCUGAAUUAAAUUGAUCAAGUCUAUGCAUAAGAGUAUUUAGAGCUCAAGAAAAUGAGCACUAUUAAAGUCGAUGUGCAGUGGUCUCCUGUAGAUGAUGACAUUUUCACAACAUAUGGAGCAGCAAUUUGCCUUUAUAAAGCAAAAGAAAAAAAUGGGACAUAUGAAGUUUUUUACCAAGACAGUAGAACUAAUUAUGAGAACACAAAAAUAAUACAGUUGGCAACCAAUUCAGAAUUACAGUUUAUGAAGUGUGUAGCCUGGUGUCCACGAAGAGAUUCAAAAAAUAUUUUUGCUGUUGCUCAGACUAGUGGUAGAAUUAGUUUUAUUGGACUUGAUCAUAAUGUCAUGGAUGAUUUGAUUGGAAAAGAAUUCAAUGUGAGAUACAGUCGACAAUGUAAUUAUUUAGCAUGGAACCCAGUCGAGACACAUCUGCUUGCACAAGGAUUAGAAAGAGGAAGAAGUGAACCUUGUGUUUUGAUCUGGGAUAUUAACAGUUCUAACAACAAUGAGGUCGGGGAGAGGUCUAGAUACAGCUUCAGUGAAGGGCCUAUCACUAAACCAGCUCAUGAAUUAGGGUCUGGUGAAGCUAGUGCUUCUUUUGCUUGGUCUGACUCCAAGACAUUCCUAGUUGGCAUGGCAAACAAGCACAUACGUCUUUAUGAUUUGAGAGAUACAAACAAGCCACAUAUGAAUGUUCAGCAUCGCUGUGUAGCUGGAAUUUGUAUUGAACCAACACAAAAACAAAGAAUUGCAUCAUUUCAUGAGAAUCAUAUUGCAAUUUGGGACUUAAGAAGCUUUGAUAGACCUAUCAACACUAUCACAGAAAGUAAAAAUGUUGUCAAACUGAGCUGGUGUCCCAUCAAGAAUGGGAUAUUGUCUGUUCUGACCAAGGAGAGUCCAUUUGUCAAACUUCAUGAUAUCCGACAUUCAGUGUUUGGUUCUGAUGAAUUAGAGCAAGCAUCUGUGGAAAGAAAUGUUCAACCUUUUGGCAAGUCUAACCUUUCAUCAUUUUGCUGGCAUCCACGGCAUGAAAACCGACUGUUAGCUGUAUUACCUAAUGGCAACCUGAGAGACAUGACUGUUUAUGAGCGUAUUCCAAUGGAAUGGUCUACCAAUCUAGAACUGACGAUGCCAUUCACUAAAGAAAUUAUUCAUCAUUUUGAGGAGAAGGGAACAGAGAAGGAUAUUUCAACAGUCAUGAGAAAAAGGCUGUCUCAAAAUUAUGGUCUAAAUGCCCACAGCAUUGAAAGUAACAUGAAAGCAGUCAAAGAUGAACCUACUCUGCUGGGACUGUGGCGUUGGAUUCUCAAUGUAAAAGUCUUGACAGAUGCACAAGUAGCUAGCAGCUGUAAAUACCACAUCCCACCAGCCACUGGGAUCAUCUCCCUUCUGCACAUGGACAAAGAGGAGGUAUUGUUGAACAGUGAGCCAGUAGGUGUCCACUGGAAGGCUUCGGAGAGUGUGAAAUAUUCUAAAAGGACACAUUACAGGAGUAAUGAAAGAAUAAUGGCCUUACAGCUAUGUGGCUGGGUACCUGACCAUCCAAAAGAGGAUUUUGAUGGAUUUAUUGAAAGCCUUGUCAGAGGUGGUAAUCCGGAAAGAGCUUCUGCAAUAGCAUUGUUUUAUCUUCACAUCAAAAGAGCGUUAGACAUUUUAAGCAAAUGUGCAAUGAGCUCUGAUCAAGGUGAAGGUAAACCAAGUUUGCAAGCUGUUGCCAUGGCUCUGUCUGGAUUCACUGAAGAUCCAAAUGCUUUGUGGAGGAGAACAUGUGGCACACUCAGAUAUCAACUUGAGAACCCCUACUUGAGGGCCAUGUUUGCUUUCCUAGCUUGUGAGGAAGAUAAUUAUGAGGAUGUUUUGAAUGAAGAAGUUAUGUCAGUUGAAGAUAGAAUUGCAUUUGCUCUCAUUUACUUGCCAGAUGCAAAGUUAAAAACCUAUUUGUGUAAACUUAGUGAUGAGCUCACCAAAACUGGAGAUCUCGAUGGUAUUGUGUUGACAGGCUUGCUACAUAAUAAAGGCAUUGAGUUGCUUGGAAAUUUUGUUGAUCGAACUGCAGAUGUACAAACUGCUGCCAUAGCUGUCAUUUUUUCAAAGUCCAGUAAUCUUCUAAAUGAUGUUAGAGUGACAGAGUGGAUUGAUGUUUAUAGAGACUUACUUGACAGAUGGAGAUUCUGGUUUCAAAGGGCUCAAUUUGACAACAUCCGGCAGACACUCAUUCAAGAACGUGUUCCUCCACAAGUCCAUGUUGCCUGUAACUUUUGUGGGAAAUCAAUAUCUCCAAAUCUUUCAGUUAUGAAUCGUCUUUCAAUUAAAAUUCAGACUGUUUUUUCAUCUAGGGGACCAACUGUGAGACCCAAAAUAACCUGUUGCCCAAGUUGUAGGAAAGCUUUACCUCGUUGUGCUGUUUGUUUAGCUCACAUGGGAACAUCUUCAGCUAUAGGUUUGGAAUCAGGAAGCAAAGCCAAAUUGGUUCCAUUUCAAGAAUGGUUUUCUUGGUGUAUGACAUGUAGGCAUGGUGGCCAUGCUGGUCAUUUGAGAGAAUGGUUCAGUCAACAUGGUGAGUGUCCAGUUACAGGAUGUGUUUGUAAAUGUGCAAGUCUGGACUCUGUCAAUCGAUUAAAAGCCCAGCCUUUAAACAAAGGCAUUGAUGCUAUUUAACUGUUUAGCACUGACAAUGUGAUGGCUGUAAAGGACAAGGAAAAUGAAUGUUAGAAAAGUGUUCUAGUCCAAGUAAUGAAAUGUUGAAGAUAUUAUAUGGAAAUAACAAAUUAUGUAUGAAGUAUAUAGACUGUUGAUAAUAUUGUUUGUUUUUUUUUAUUUUGUGAAAAGAAUUUGAAUUAUGCAUUUUCUAUUGUAUAAAGUUUUUUUU